ACACACAUGUUCAGCGCAACUGAAUGAAUCUUUAAUUCAAAUUUCAUUCACUAGAAAUGACUAUUGUGAUACCUGGUUUGUAUAAACCACUUGCAUAAACCUUCAAUCCGACGUCGCUGCUGCUAAUAUUUUUGAAAAGCUUCGCAUCAAUUUCCAAAUGUAGCAUUGUCUGUCACACCGAUCCCAGUUUCGAUCUGAGUAAAAACACUAAAAUGUUGUGCUUGGUUUCGCGUAUCGCGUAUCUCCUCAGGUAAACUGUUUAGCUAGCUCGCUAACAGGAAGUACACCUAGCGUCAUCCUACUGUCAUUUGAUAGUUACGGGAUCUGAGGUUAGGUUUCACCACAGUGAUCCUCCACUAGAACUUGCAGUGGGUCUUGAAGCUUUUCCACCAUGUACUAAAUGGUUUCUAAAUUGAGGCCUGUUAUGCCACCAGGGGGAGAUGACAAUGGCUGUAAAAACAAGGGCGUCGGAUUGCACGUCAGAAGCAAUUUUAAAUGAUUUAUUCCCACAAGUUAAAUGUUUUUUUUUUGUUAGAUUUAAUGAUCUCGGUUGCAAUUUUUUUUUUUAAAAACCAAAUGUGGUAUGAAACUGAUGCGCAGCAAUAAUAGAACACAUUACCUGUAAUAAUUUACACACCCACGUACAGACGUAGGUCUGCACAGUGCAUGCUAAACCUAACUUCGGUACAUCGCUAUGACGGUGAACGGUUUGUCCUUGUUUGCGAGGCCUGUAAUUCGAUAAGUUGUUCGACAAUUUGAUUUGACUGAGUUGUGAAUGGUCUCCAUCCAUCAACGUUAAUAACUCAGCGAUGGAAAGAAGGGCACAUAGCAUCGACCGUGAUGUCAUCCAUUUUGAACGUGCGCAGUGACUGAGCCUCACUCUUGUGGAAAGACCCCAGGAAGUUACAAAUGUAAUUUUCACCCUAGGUUACGAUUUAAUUGAACUACUACUUAUGUGUUGUUCUCUAAAUGGAAUAGCCAUAGACUAUUAUAAUACUUCCCAAUUACACAAAUCAUCGGAGAAGUCACAUUUUCCAUUGACAUUUAUUUGUUUUUUGGUUGUUUUUUUUUUUUAGUAUAUGUUCUCAUCUGAUAACGAUGCCGAAGGAGGAGUUUUUCCCUCCUUCCUUUGUUAGAACAACAUUAUGAGAGGCUGUUAAAAAGUCUCUGAAAAUAGCACAGGGCCACAGUGCUAUUUGAAAAAAAAAAGCCACAAUGAAAAUAGAAACGCUUCUUGCCAUAGCUGCCCUCACCCACAAGCGUGUUUUUUUUUUUUUUUUUUUCGGCGGUCCGCAUCAGAACUUAGGAUUUUGAUUUCCCAGCUACGUUAGGGAGAAACUGCUGGACGUAGCCGAGCACAUCUGGAUUGUAUUGAACACGCAGAGCCGCUGGUGGUGAGGAAGUGGCCGUGUUCAGAAUGGAAGGAAAGAAAAAAAACAACAAAAAAACGAGUUUGUGCUGUUGUCUGACACUGUGUUGUAAGUUUACUGCUUGUUAGAGUGGCUUCAAGCCAAGGCAAACACAUCAGCAGCAGCAGCUCUAAAUAUGGUCACAAUUCCCAAUGAGGGGAUUCUGACUCCUUAUAAGAGCAGUUUAGUCAGUGCAAGUAUGUGUGUAUGUGUGUGUGUGAGAGAGGGAGACACAGCAGGAAGGAAAAGGGCACACAGUAUAUACACUACUCUCUCCACAUGGUCUCUCCAGACGCGUGAAUCAUCAGUGAUGGAUUACGGCUGUGCGACCGCUCAUGUUUCUGUUUAACAAGUCUUCCAUCAACGGUGGCUCAGGCCGGAACAAUGAAAGAAUUUCUGAACAGAAUGCAUUUGUGAAGCCCUAUACAAAGCUACUGUCAAAUAUGUUUCACCAUUAGAGGGAAAUGCUUAUGAAUAGCUUUACUCUUUACGAAAUCAUCUGUAACCCUGUAACACGUGCAGGAAAUACGGACAACGUUGACCUCAACUCCCCCCCGAUCGUUAUCGUGGUCGGCUCCUACGUCGCCAUCUGGUGUACAAUGGCUCGCCACCUUUUACGCAUUUACGUUUCCAUUUAAAGAAUGUAGGAAACACUGCUCUUCCGUCCAGUUGUUCCCCCGGAACUGAAUGAUGUCAUACAGCUGUGACCGUGUAGUGAGUGUAUUUCUGAAUGUGCAGAUGCUGAUUUUUUUGAUAUUCCAAACAGGUUCCCGCCUCGUCUCUCUCUCUCUCUCUCUCUCUCUCUCUCUCUCUCUCUUUUCACACUGGCAUGUCUCGUAACUGAAUGCUGAAAUGUGUCUCGUCCUGCCUCGUCCUGUGUGCUCUUUUCUCUCUCGACUCCUAAGUGCAUUAGGAAAGCUCACUGUCGUCCAUGUCUAGCACUGGUCACAAGGCUGUCUGUCUCUCCUCAGGAGUGCCUGAUCCGCAUAGCUACCCUCUCAGUCCUCGUAUUGUUGUGUUUGAUGCACUUCUUGCCGACCUGGAGAACAGUGGCUCUCCUCUAGCUCGGUGUCCAGUGCUGCUUACAUCUGAUCCUCCUAAAAAUGGGGAUCCUACUGCUCAGGAUCAGGCUCAGGCCAGGCCGCCACCACCGGCUUAUACGCCGCAGCAGACUGUGUCUGCUGCAAUGAAUUCAACACAGAAUUCAAAACCAGACAAAUUAUACAGCACAGUUUGCAAACCGCGGUCUCCCCGCACGGCAGAUCCUCCGCCGGCCUUUUCCUCCACCUCACUGUUGGGGGGAGGUCUGAGCGAACUGGACCACCUGCUGCAGGAGCUCAAUGCUACUCAGUUCAACAUCACAGAUGAGAUUCUGGCCCAGUUUCCUUCUUCUAAGAAAGAUGACAAGGCUAAGGACAAAGCCACGUCGUCCUCCACCAGCUCAACAACUAAACCAUCAGCGACAUCGGCCACACUGGAGUUAGACAAACUCAUGGCAUCUCUAUCUGACUUCAGAGUCCAGAGCACACCUGCUGCCCCUGUCACUCCAGCCGUGGCAGCACCACAGCAGCCGGUGGUUGCCCCACCUCAGCCCUCGCCCGGCGGCUCUUUGGACAGCAUGCUGGGACUGCUGCAGUCAGAUCUGAGCCGACAAGGGGUUCAAACGUCCUCCAAGGGGAACUGUUCGGCUUGUCAGAAACCAGUAGUGGGACAGGUGGUAACGGCCCUGGGGAAAGUGUGGCAUCCCGAGCAUUUUGUGUGCACUGAGUGCGAGACCGAGCUGGGCAGUCGCAACUUCUUUGAGAAGGACGGACGACCGUACUGUGAAUCGGAUUAUUUCACCCUCUUUUCUCCUCACUGUGCACACUGCAACAAACCCAUUCUAAAUAAAAUGGUGACGGCUCUGGACAAGAACUGGCACCCGGAGUGUUUCUGCUGUGUAAAAUGCAGCCGGGCAUUUGGAGAGGAAGGUUUCCACGACCGUGAGGGCCAGCAGUACUGCCAGCAGUGCUUCUUGACUCUGUUUGCUUCCCGUUGUCAAGGCUGCUGCCAGCCCAUUCUAGAAAACUACAUCUCAGCCCUCAACUCCCUGUGGCACCCACAGUGCUUCGUCUGCAGGGAGUGCUACCCUCCCUUUGUGAACGGCAGCUUCUUCGAACACGAGGGCAAGCCCCUGUGUGAGGCCCACUACCACCAGUCCCGCGGGAGCGUGUGUCAGGCCUGUCAGCAGCCCAUCCUGGGACGCUGCAUCACUGCCAUGGGGGCCAAAUUCCACCCCCACCACCUCGUGUGCCACUUCUGCCUGAAGCCUCUGAGCAAAGGCUGCUUCAAAGAGCAGGAGAACAAGCCCUACUGCCACCCCUGCUUCAUCAAGCUGUUCGGCUAGACAUGCAACAAGACUUUGAUUAUUGAAUGAAGAUCGCGGAAGCUCUGAGGGAACGACGGCGGUAACGUGUUUUUUUUGUUUGUUUUUUUGGAUGAAUCAUUCAACGAAAUGUUUUUCUUUUUGCGUAUUAGUCAAGUGGACUGCGUUUCUAUGGCAGUUUAGGAAGAUUUGUAGACUCAAAAUAAAGCCAAAUGUCUUGUAUGUGAAACGUUUACAUACUAUGUUGAUUCAAAUUGAAUAUUUAAAAAUUCAUUUUUAGGAAUUUUGGAAUCAGAGCCUCUUGCUGUUUCGGAACAAAGGUUCCUUCAAUAUUACAGUGUUGCUUUAUAAUGCCAGAGUCAGACUGGAGUGGUAUUUCUCAUGGUGCCUGUCGAGGGACGCUAGACAUUUUCAUAACCUCACAGUUCGGUGUCCCUCGGUCUCACAUUCCACUACAAUAAUUUCAGUAGUUCAAUUCUGCUUGUUUAGUUUUUUUUUUUUUUUUGUGUUUUGUUUUUAUGAAAUAAAUGGAUUGUCUUCAUUUUCACUUUCAGCCAGAACAACAGCGCCCCCAACUGGACUGCUUUUUUUUUUUACAGUUAACUUUUUGGGGCUUACAUUUGGUUUAAAAAAAGUGAGAUUUCAACUGCACAAGACCUGUGUAGAACAACCCUGGGUUUGUAGGUCAUUUGGUACUGGGCCUCAGUGGGACACUGAAAAAAAAUGUACUUCAUUUUUAGUAAUUUACUUCAGUCAAAAAGAAUCCAGUCAUAUCCCUUUACUUUUUUCAUUCAAAGAUUAUCUGACAAUGUUUCAAAACAACAGGUCAUUCAGACUCUGAUACUAACAGAAGAAAGUCUAAAAAAAAUUUGAAAAAGAUGGCAUGCUAUUCCCGGUCCCUACCCUAGACCUUUGAGCAAUUGCAAUUUUAAAACCUUAACAUCAACAUUUUUUUUUUUUUAGUUCACAACACAACCUCAAGUCAUGUCGGCAGAUUUUACAAACUUGGUUAAACGUUCAAAUGAGUUGCAGAUAGAGGGCGCCACACGGAUGUUGCUCUGACUGAAGGUAGAAACGAAGAAAACACUGAUCUCUGCAUUGAUGGUUUCAGGAGGUUCUACGACAAAGGAAAUGUUUCACAGCAAAUGCAUUUAUCCUGUAUUAUCUUGCGCUCUUCUUUGUAUAUGACAUGCUCAGCUUUACAUUUAUGUCAUUUUGCUUCACUUUAUUCCACACCAGCUCUAUGCAAUUUACCAGAGACAAUUCCAAAGAAUAAAGUACGACACUAUUUGU